CUUGUGUUUACGAGCUCUUGUUGUUUCCCGGCCUUUUUGAAUAAAGUGACCUAUCACAUGAGAAUAGGGCGUACGAAAAAAAUGGUGUUUUUCAUCAGCCUUAACGCUUUGUUUUUGGCUAUAACUCCCUUUGAGUUUUGGAAUUCAUUACUAGGAUGUUUACUGACUCUUCACAAAAAGUUGAACGUCACCAAGCUUUACGAGUCAUCCACCAUCUAUCACUUAAUCUUUCGGUUAGACGAUAUUCGAAAGGCUGGGAAGAUAUUUUUCCUCACAAGCGAACCUAAGUAUCAAGAUUCAGGUGGGGAAUAUAUUUACAGGCGUUUGGUGAGAGACAUAAUUUACACCUACAAAAAGGCUAGAUCGGAAUUCAAUUUACCUCCACUAAUGCGCACCCGCGUUGUCCCCUCAGAAAGUGAAAAAGCAGAAGCUCUACAAUCUCUGCGUGCAGCUUCACUACAACAGGCUACUGGUCAUUUUGCGAAAGCCAAGAAACUACUGGAACAUGCAUUCAAACUUGACCCGGACAAUAUAGAUGUCUUAAUUGCUUUGGGUGAAGCUAUAGAGAGUUCUUAUUACUAUGGGAAAUCUACCCCGCAUGUUGCUCUUCCUUUAACGAAGUCUCUGACCCCUGUCUAUGGCCAAGUACCAAACAAUGAUGCUGAUGGUCUUAUCUUGACUGCUGAACAUCUUUAUACAAAGGCAUUGAUUGUUGAUCCCACCAUUUCUAAAGCUUGUGUACACCGAGAACGUUUAAUGCCAAUUGUGGAGGAAAUAGAUCAACGAAUUCUCAAUGCAAUCGAUUUUAAAGUUCGUCAGUUCUAUCAUAUUCCAGAAGGUGAUCCAGGUUUGCGUCGUGCUAAAGUUGAACAUUAUUUCAAGCAUGUAUAUCACUCAAAUGCUAUUGAGGGUAAUACGCUUACAUUGGCUCAAACUCGAUCAAUUUUGGAAACACGAUUAGCUGUUGGUGGAAAAAGCCUAUUGGAGCAAAAUGAAGUCCUUGGUAUGGAUUCAGCUCUCAGAUAUAUUAACAACACUCUUUUACGUGGAGAUUUGACUGCUAUAACACUGGACAAUAUAUUGGAAUUGCAUCGUAGACUCUUAUCGUUUGUGGAUUUGAGGGAAGCUGGAAGAUUACGACGUUCUCAGGUUUAUAUUGCUGAUCACCAACCACCACCUCCAUCUAGUGUACCUGAUCUAAUGUCGGAAUUAAUUAGUUGGUUAAGUUCUGAUGAAAUAGCCGAUAUGCAUCCUAUUGAAUUAGCUGCGCUAACGCAUUGGAAAUUAGUGUUUAUUCAUCCAUUUUAUGAUGGAAAUGGACGUACUGCUCGACUUCUUAUGAAUUUGAUUUUAAUGCGUUCUGGUUUACCUCCAGCUAUUAUUAAAAUAGAAGAUCGUUUUACUUAUUAUGAAUUGCUAAAAACAGCAAAUGAUGGAGACGUACGUCCAUUUAUUCGUUUCAUAGCAACAUGUACGGAACGAACACUUGAUGAAUAUUUAGAAGCAGCUGUACUAAAUCAUCAAACAAAAUCCGAUCGUGUUACUCGUAUUCCAAUUGAAAGUGUAUUGAAUGAUGACAAAGAGUCAAGUUCAGUAACAUCUGCUGUUCAUAAAUCAAAAUCCGUAAGUUCAUCGUCAUCAGCCUAUAAUGUUCAAUAUUCUCCUCCACGACGACAACAACCACAUGCUAUUCAUCCUUAUCCAUCAAGACUUACGUCUUUUGCUGAUCCUGAAGAUUCAACUAUCCAAAUAGCUUUACCGCCGAAUAUAAUUUAUGCAGGUGGUUAGUUCUGUCAUUUUAUCAGCGAUUAAGGAUGCUUAUUAGUACGAUUCUGUUGUUAUACGUCAGUGAGUAUUACUAAUAAUAAUGAUACUAAUACUUAACCAAGAGCACUACUUUUCAACUUAUUUUCCUACCCAUGUACUUUUAUUUUAAUUUUUUUGUGCAAAUGAAUUUGUCUUUCUUUUUGAAUAUUUAUUUAUUUUUUGAGAAUAAUGUUCUGAAUUUCUUUUUUACUGAUCUCGUUUAUUUGUCGUUCUUCUUUUGACUUGUUUUUGAUUUCGCUUGUCGUUUGAAUUUGUAUUUGUAUCUGCAAAAAUACAUAUGUACACAUUAUUAUUAUUAUUAUUAUUAUUAUUAUUAUUAUUAUUAUUAUUAUUAUUAUUAUUAUUAUUAUUAAUGUACAGAGGAAUGUACUCAGAAAUAAAAGUUAGUUUGAAGGGAGGAAAAGUGUAAAAUUGUUGCUUUUCCCUUCGUUUUCACUUCUCUGUCUGGUUAUUUUUCUUGUUAAAUCUCACCAAUGUGAAGUGAAUUUAGUUGACACCUACUUACGUUUAUCCGUUCUUUUGUUAAAUGUGAGUUAUGAUGUGCAAGUUUAAUUUCAUUCCAUUCUCAAUUAGUGUUUGGAAAGAAGCAACACAAUAAUAGUAGUAUAUUGAGUGAAUUUGCAUCACCCCACUAUUUUGCCUUUGUUUUGAAUCAAGUUAGUCGUUUAACCUUAAUAUCAGUAUUUUUUUACACAAAAAAACUAAUUGUAGAUCGUUAGCAAAUUGUAUUUAUGCUUAAGAAUCUUCAGUCAAUCUGUAAUACAGUGUAAGAUAGAUUCGUUUCAGUUGCUUCAUUUGUUAACUGUAUGUAAUGCGGAAAAUAAUUAAUUUGAGAGCGAUAAAUACUUUUAGAAAUAAGAGUUUGAAUUUUUCCAUCAUCGGAAUCGAGGUAUAUCCAGUUGGCGAAUCCCUUUUCUCUUGUGCACAAAAUGUGUGUAUAUGUAAAUAUUCCAGAAUAUGGUUAAUUUUGAGCUCUAUCAUCAGAAUAUCCAACAUGAAUUCUCAUAAUCCCUAAUUAUAGAUUACUAUUUGGUACCCUUAACAAUCCCAAUAGGCUAUAUUGUCGAUUGACUACCGUUUUCUCUGGUGUCUUAUCUAGAUGAUUCCUUGUUGUUAGUGAUAUGUUCUUGCUUCAGUAUGCAGCCUCAUUAAAUUCUUGUUUAUCAAUGUUUAGCGAAAUUAAAUUUAAAUUUGCGCUUGUUUUGUCGCAGGAUGGAUGACAACUAGGCAUGCGAUCGAACUGUAAUAAUUCCAAAUGAAUAACGUUUUAGUUACAUAGGAAAACUAAUUGAACAAAUGCUGAUAUCUUGUUAUUGCUUAUGUUCAAGAUAGUGCAAUUGCUAACGUCAACAGUUCUUUUUUUGUUGUUUAAGAUUUGAACUUAUUUCAAUGCAAUAAUACGGUUAACAGAAACUGCUGAACCAUACUGAUGCCUAAUAUAAAAGGAUCUAUCGAAAAUUUACGUCGUCAACUACGUUCAAUUCGAUUUAGUUAUGAUGUCAAUUUUCAAGGUAUGGUGUUGGGUCAGUCAUCUGCAUUUGUUGAAUUUUAUCGGCGUUUACUCUGUGAUUAUAAUGCAAAAGUCACCAGUUACCUCGUUGAACUUGGAUUUGGAAUGCUCGGCACAACAGACAGCAGAUUUAUGGAAGUGCUUUAUCGUAUUCUUCGAGAUGUUUUCUCUUAUCGACCAUCGAUUACAAUGGCACAAUUUUUUGUGACUGGAUUUGCAGAACGUAAAAUUGAAAUGGCUACCACUGUUGCUUUAAAUAUAGGAUCCUUAAUUAAACAUCAAGAUAAGAAUAGAAUACAUUCCAAUUAUUAUCAUCAUCAACGACAACACGAGAGCCGACAUCAUAAUGAUCAGUUGAAGGCUAAUUCGAACACACAAAUACCUUUAGUGUUGCCUGGAGUUUCAUUGAAUCGAUCAAUUGAGCGGAAUGUUAAAAAAUCACUUGUUCCAUCUAAUGAUAACAGCAAUAAUAAUGAUAAUAAUACUGAAUUGUGUAGAAAAUUUGUACAUUCCAGUGGAAAAAGUCCUGUAGUCUAUAAUGAUUUAUCGAAUGAAAUCAAUUGUACUGUUUUAAAUGGUAAUAAAACUGUUCAAAGUAGAGAAUGUUCACAAGAACCUCAUAACCGUGGUAAUGAUCGUAAUGUAAAUGGUAAACAAGCAAAGUUUUACAGGACAAAGACACUAAAUACUGAUCUUAAUUCACGUGAUCAACAUAACAAAUUCAAAAAUGAAUAUGCUCAGUAUAAACACAUCUAUCAUGCCCAUCAUCCAUUUGACAAUAACAAUCCACGACGUUCUUAUACAUCUCAUACACUAUAUGAAAAUUGUACAAAAUUAUCCGAUCAUAAAUUGACCGCUUCUACUACUGGAUCCGUCAGUACGGUGACUGCAACUUCAAUGGUGCCAAUAAAAUCACUUGAUGCCCCAAAUAAUUCGAAGCAACGCUCAAAAGAGAAUUAUUGUACUUCAUCAUCAUUUAAAGAUCACAAUAAUAAUACUAAUGAACAUUUGUUAUUCAAUAGCAAUGAUCUUCCUCCAGUGGUUGAUCAUCAGGAUAAUCAAUCUAGUUUAAUGAAUCAUGAAGAUCUUCGAAAUAUAAUGAAUUCAUUGUUCCAAUUAACCGGUAAAGUGAAUGGUAUGCUUACGCGUAUAAAUAAAUUAGAGAGUAGACUAACAAAUGUUGAGACUGAUUGUUCGUUUAAUCAUCGUUCAAGAACAUAUAGCGGAAAUACUGUUGGUUCAAAUCAACCACUCACGGAUUCAAUUGAUAUAUAUGGAAGUAGGAAUAUUGUCGAUCCUACUAGUUUACCUCAUGUUGUUAUAGGAAAAUAUAGUAGUUAUUUGCCCAUUAACUCAACAAAUUCAAUUGUCACAUCUAAUAGUGGCAGUUCUACGUUGGAUACGUUCAAUGAAACGAAGUGCACAAUUGGAACAAAAACAAACACUACCACGAAUGCUGUAAUUUCAUCGUUACCAGUGACAACGGCGACAACAACAACCAACUCUUAUGAUGUUAAAUCGUAUGCAGAUCGUUAUAUUCCAAGUUAUAAUAAUAAAUUAUCUGAGUCAAAACCUAAAUAUUUGACAUCAACAAAAUUGAAUUUACAAGAUAACAACGAUUAUCAUUAUUCAGUUGCUAGUAAUCAAGCUAUAAUGGAUAAAACAGAAAGUCAGAACGUGAAAAUUUCUAUAAAUGAUAAUCAUCAAUCUAUCAAAAAUGUUCCGAAUACUUUUAAUUCAUUCCAUGAUUCAUAUAAAUUCAAUGAAAAUUGUUAUGACUUAUCAAGUCGGAAUGAAAUUCCAGGAUCCGUUCAUUCUAAAUAUGCUGACUCUUUGAAAACUAUCAAUCAUCGAUCAUCUAGAUUACUUGAUCUGAAUACUUGUUCACUGGUCGAUUUAGAUCAACAAUCUGAAAUUCAAUCCCUUUCAUUCGGUCGUAAUAAUUCGGCAUUACCUUAUCGUCCUAAAUCAUCUGCUGAUUAUUCUACCAGACAUGAUACAUCUAAUCCAUUUGAGAAUUCUUGUGGUCAGCGUAAAAUGAUGAUACCUUUGUUGCCAUUAAAUUCAUCACGUAAAUCUGUUGAAUCAAAGACUCCAAUCAAUCAGAAGUCCGAGGCUUCAUAUCGUGCUCAAGUGGAACGUAUAACCAAUAUGCUUGCUGAAACCCAAAAUCUUCUUCAAGAGCAUUCUCCUGUUGUUAAAAUGAACGAAAUAUUCAGCAGUAACAAUAAUAAUAUCAUAACCAAUGAUAAUAGUAAUAAUGCAGUGAUUUUAAAAGCAUAAAAUUGAAAUUCUUAGUAGAUUGAAUAAUUUUUUUAAUUAUAAAUGACUAUAGUUGAUGAAAAAGGAACCAAUUUUUCGUGUGACUGUUUUCGAACAAAUAAUGCUACAUUGUUUGUUUGUCUUAAUAUGACGUACAAGUUUUUGUUCUUUUCGCAUUUGUAUGUGUGUGUUCAGAAGAGAAAGAAUGCAUUUAGUUCUGUUUGUGAUUGUUUUAAAUGGAACAAACAUACUAGUGAGUUACUUUAACAUACAGAAUAAAAUGAACCUAUUAAUAUCAUCGUCAUCAUCAUCAUUCGAUACAUGAAACGAUCACAUCAACUACACAUUGAUCUACCUACACAGAUGGCAAGGAAUAAUAAAUAUAACUGUCAGAAACACGGUUAUAACGUGUUUCUUUUUUUUCUAAUUUCAAACUAAAAGUUUAAAAUGGAACAGAAAAUUCAAAGAAUAAUCUUAUUCAAACGUCUAAUUAUAAUUUCAUCAAUGAAAAACUAUCUCAGAUAUUUGUUAUUUCUCCUUGUCAAAUCACUUUAUUAUCAAAUUAUGAUUAUCUGUAGACUGUUUUCAAAUUAUUUUGUAAAGACUUUGUGACUAGAAUAUUAUUACAUUUACAUUGUUUGCUCAUUAGUGAUAGUGUUCGUUUAAUGGUGUUUUGGUUAUUUGUUUUAUUGAACAUGUGCUUCCAAGUUUAUCCCAAUCUGAAUUAGUUAGAAUAAUAAACUAUUAGUAUUAUUAUUAUUAUUAUUUGAAAAUGCCUCUUCAUUCACUCGAACUAUUCUCUUCAUGUUAUAAUUGAUGAUAGUAGUGACUUCUAAAACAAACCCGGUUGUAUUUUUUCGCUAAUAUUAUUGUAAUGUUUUACAAUAUUCUUUCAGCCCUUUAAUCUUGAUUUUGAAAAUGUGUUUUUUUCUUUUUAAAUUGUUUAUCAUUUCAUAAAGAAAAUUGAGUUUAGUGUGAUAUUAAUAUUGAGAGUAUAAAUAUUAGAGGUGAUUUACACCUUGGUAGUGAAAUUUACGUUACUAAUAUUAUUAUCCAGUUUAUAAGAUUGUUACCCUUGUUCUCCCCCCUCCCUCUAGAAAAUUGUAUUCUUAUUUAAUUUUGUUUGUUUAAAAUGAUUAACAUAAAAAAAUCGGUUAUU